AUGGAGUUUGGGUUCAAUUUCAAGUAUGUUAAGAAUGAUUCCGUACGGGUAACAACGGUGUGCUCCAUGGUGAAGGAUAAGGGAUGCACGUACUCUGCACAUGCACGAGUGUUGAAAGCAAAUCAAUUUUUCUACCUUCGCAAAUGGAACAGUGUGCAUAGUUGCGGUGUAUCCGUCCGGAUAUCAAAUCAUCCAAGGGUUGGAUCUGAUAUGGUUGUUGAUAUUAUGGCAACUCGUGUUCGGGACAGACCACUCACACGUCCAACUGAUGUCAUCUUAGAUUUGAAAGACGAUUAUGGGUUGGACAUCAACUACCGGGUUGCGUGGUUAAGGGUUGAGAAGGCAAAGGGGGAAUUGCUUGGCGCUCAUUCCUUAUCAUUCGACCAAUUGCGUUGGUAUCGUGAAGCCGUCAUGCAAUACAAUCUUGGGAGUUAUGUUCACAUCGAUUAUGAUGAACACAACUACCGGCUCCGCCUUUUUCUUAUUUCAUUCAAAGCAUGCAUUGAUGGAUUUCGUCAUUGUCGUCCAUUACUUUUCCUGGACGAAACCUUCUUGAAAGUCAGGUUUAAAGGGUUUUUGCUAGCUGCGACUACAAAGGACUGUAAUCAAGGUGUGUCCCAUUUCACUUAA